AUGCGGAAAUCGAUUGAAGUGAAGAAAAAGGUAGCCUUGUUCUUGUACUUUCUAGCCUCAACGGACGGGUAUCGAUCCCUUGCUAAUCUGUUUGGCGUUUCCAGAGGAUUUAUUUGUAUUUGUAUUCGUGAAGUUGCCAAAGCUAUUUUAAGAAAACUUAGGCCCAAAUAUCUCACGAUUGCGAAAGGUGACGAACUGUGCCGUAUCAUUGCUAGCUAUAGGAAAAAAUGGGGUUUCCCCAUGUGUGCCGGCGCGAUCGACGGGACUCAUAUUCCAAUUGCGACACCUUUGGAAAAUCAUGCGGCAUAUGUGAACAGGAAAUCCUUUCACAGUAUUGUAAUGCAGGCCCUCGUUGACGAUGGUUACUUAUUCAGGGACCUUGUCGUUGGAUGGCCUGGCAGUGUUCAUGACGCCAGAGUGUUUUCAAACUCAGAGGUGUACACCCUUGGGUGUAGUGGCCAUUUGUUUCCACCAGAUCUGAAAGAGUCAAUUCUGGGUAGAGAAAUCCACCCUGUCAUAUUAGGUGACCCAGCAUAUCCCCUAUUAACUUGGUUGACUAAAGGUUACCCUGAAAAUAGGAACACUCCUCGUAUUCAGAGGCGUUUCAAUUACCGCUUGAGCAGAGCUCGAAUGACUGUGGAAAACACGUUCGGUCACUGGAAGGGCAGGUUCCGACGAUUCUUAAAGCAAGUGGAUAUGAAUGUUGAGGGAGUUGUAAACGUUGUGGCAGCUUCGUGUGUACUUCACAACAUCUGUGAGAUGCGACAUGAACCAUUUUUUGAUCGAUGGUUACAAGAAGGAUUUAACGAUCAUGACGUCGCAAUCAUGGAUGGAGCGGAAGUUGAAGACCAGGCUGGUUCAGACAUCAGAGAUACCCUUGCUGCUUGUUUUAUGACCGGUCAAGGACAAAGUACAGGCACCGUCUAA